AUGUUCCGAGCACUGAAGCAUGUCGUCGUCGUGGCGAGGGCGAAGGCGAAGAAGCGCCGAGCAGUGCCAGCCUUGUCGUCCUUCGCGAGCCACUUCUCCGCGGCCUCCACCGCGCAGAGGUUGGCCGGGAAGGUGGCCGUGAUCACCGGCGGCGCCAGCGGCAUCGGCAAGGCGACGGCCAUGGAGUUCGUCAGGAACGGUGCCAAGGUCGUCGUCGCCGACGUCCAGGACGACCUGGGCCGCGCCGUGGCGGCCGAACUCGGCGCCGACUCGGCGUGCUACACGCGGUGCGACGUGGCCGACGAGGCGCAGGUCGCCGCGGCCGUGGACCUGGCCGUCGCGCAGCACGGCCACCUCGACGUCAUGUUCAACAACGCCGGCAUCAGCGGCGCCCUCACGCCCGUCCCUCUCGGCUUCCUCGACCUCGCCGACUUCGACCGCGUCAUGGCGGUCAACGCGCGGGCCAUGCUCGCCGGCGUGAAGCACGCGGCCCGCGUCAUGACACCGCGUCGCAGAGGCAGCAUCAUCUGCACGGCCAGCACCGCGGGGGUGCUGGGCAGCGUGGCGCCGCACCCGUACAGCGUGUCCAAGGCGGCGGUGCUGGGGCUCGUGCGCGCCGUGGCAGGGGAGAUGGCGCGCUCCGGGGUGCGCGUGAACGCCAUCUCGCCCAGCUACAUCCCGACGCCGCUGGUGAUGCGCACCCUGGAGGAGUGGUACCCGAAGGCGACCGUCGACGAGCGUCGGCGGAUCGUGGAGCAGGACGUCAACGAGAUGGAAGGGACGGUGCUGGAGGCCGAGGACGUGGCCAAGGCCGCGCUGUACCUGGCGUCGGACGAGGCCAAGUACGUGAACGGCCACAACCUCGUUGUCGACGGCGGGUACACGGUGGGGAAGGCGCCCAACAUGCCGGCACCGGCGCAGUAA